GUAUAACAUUACUCGUUUAUUGUGUUUGUGAUCUAAAAAGGAACUUUUAAACUGAAUAUCUGAAUUGCUUAAAAUAAUGCUUCAGUAAUUAGAAAUGUGUUAUGAAUACUUAUGAAAACAUUGAGUUUGUACGUGUAAACCCAUUCCAGGAUAAUAAUAAAAGUUCGGUCACAAUGUUCUCUAUAAGUGGCAGUCCGGGCCUGGGCGCAGGUUAAUUUUGAGGUUUGGUUUAUAUUACAUUCUAAAAUAUAUGCUACAUGUCAAUAUGAUAAUUAAGUAAUGGUGAUCUCUAUUCAGACACACAAAAUUUUAUUUCUCAAUGACAAUGAUUCUUCUGUCUAGUAAGCCUUUGAAAUUAUGAUCACAACUGUAAAUUUAAACCUGCAUUCCCUCUGCCGCUGAUCCGAAGAGAGCACUGUUAACGGAUAAGGUUGAUACAAAAUGUGCAUAGCUGUGGCUCUUCAGGACCAGGAUUGAAAAUAACUUUGUUUAUUUAAAGAAAGUCAUUAAUCAGGCACAGUGUUAGGAUGAGUAAAUGAUGAAAACAUUUUGAGUAGAUCAACCCAAAAAAAACUCGUCACUGUAGAAAUUUUAGAUCAUUGUUGUGGUGUAUAGAUUUUCCAUCAACAGUUUCACUGUCAUUAUAGAGGAGUUGGUCAAAUAAUGUCUUCAUUCACAAACUCUAUGGAGUCACUGUAUAGUUGUGAUUUUGUGUGUAUGCACCAUAACAAGCUGCAUUUGUUUUACUUUUCAGUGUGGACAUGUGGACAGGGCUGGUGAUUGCUAUACGCCGAUUUCACGCAUCCGCCAUUUUGAAAUCAAAAGCGAGGCUCCAGUGGGAAGAAACCCGGAAGUAUUGCCUCCAAUCACAGGUAUUGCGAUGUCGUAUUGUUGUGUACCAGGCUGUACAUCCUAUCAACGGAAAGGGUGCGAUAAAGAUUUGUCGUUUCAUCGCUUUCCGAGUGAUCCAAAAGUCUGCCGUGAAUGGAUUGUGAAAAUAAGAAGAGAUGUUGGACCUUACUUUCAGGUUACAGACAACACGAGAGUAUGCUCCAAACAUUUUACCCCGGACUGCAUUGCACGAUCGCUCACUGGUUUACAUAAACUGAACCAUGGAGGCGUGGCAACUUUAUUUACGUGGAGCUGUGAGCUGAAGCCCAGGAGGACACUUGAGCGACAUCAGAGUGUUAAUGAUAUUGAAACAUUUGAGGAGGACGAAGAGGAGAACCAUUCAUUUUCUGAUCAGAACACAGGAGAACAAAGAGCAGCUGAAUGCAGCACAGAAGGAGAUUGCUCGUCUGACAAAAGAAAAUGAAAAUUUGAGAAGUCAACAGUUUUGUCUACAAAGAUUCCAAUGUGAGCCCAAGCUGUUUUACACUGGAUUUAAAGACUAUGAAACCCUCAAAACACUCUACCAGUCCCUACAACCUAAAGCACAGUCUCUGGUGAGAUGGACUCAAAUGCAAAGACUUAAUAAAACAGAGAAGACUGUAACUGCUGGCUUUCAGGCCCAAGACAUGGGUCUCUUUGACCAGUUUUUCUUGUUUCUCUGCCGUAUGAGGCAGGGGCUUCUUUCCGCAGAUUUAGCAGUAAGGUUUAAUAUCUCAAAGGCCACAGUCAGCAGGAUAUGUAUAACUUGGGCUAACUACCUGCAUUUCAUGCUUGGUACACUACCGUUAUGGCCAAGUAGAGAGGCUGUAGAUGAGCUAAUGCCACCAUGCUUCAAGAAGACCUUUCCAAAAACACGUGUUGUGCUAGAUUGUACUGAGAUCCAUAUUCAAUCAGUAAGUUCAAAAGUUCUGAACACCAUGACGUACUCUCAUUACAAGGGAAUCACAACUUUGAAAUCCCUGAUCGGCAUCACACCCUUUGGGACAGUUAGCUUUGUAAGCAACCUGUACACAGGCUCCAUCUCUGACAAGGAAAUCACCAAAGAGUCUGGCAUACUCAAACUGCUUGAGCCAGGCGAUGAAGUAAUGGAUGAAGUAAUGGUAAUCAAAGACCUCCUUACUGACAUCAAGGUCAGUCUAGUAACCCCAGCCUUCACAAGACCAAGCAGACAAUUCAGUAAACAUGAAAUUACACAUACUCAAGAGAUUGCCCGCUUGAGGAUACAUGUGGAGAGGGACAUCAGACGCAUCAAGGAACAUCAUAUUUUUGAUGGUGUCCUACCCCUUUCACUCUGUGGUUCAGUCAACCAGAUGUGGACUGUUUGUGUUUGUGACAAAUUUCCAAGGACCUCUAUUUUAAAUAUUUCAUUCAGAAAUGAAAAUGUGCUGGAAAGAACUGUUUUUUUUUUUUUUUCAUUAGAACAGAUUUAGAUACCUUUAUCAUUACACCAUUUGCUCAGUAUCUUGGGUGGCCUGAGUACAUGCAUUUUAAACUAUUUUAUUUGUUAUAGUUAGACUAUUAAUUUACUCUGGAAACCUACAUUUUAGCUUACAGUUAAAAAAAAACAAUGUACAUAAAUGAGUAGUCAUUUAAAUGUUGCAACUUUGGUUUACUGUUUUAAUUUGUACAGUAGAAGACAUACAGUGGAUUGAAUUACUGAAAUAAAAAUAUAUAUUUUGUACCCAUUAGCUUUCAUUGGUUUUAAUCUA